AUGUCGGAGGCCGCCGAGUUCAUCCAGGACAUACCUCGCGUCUACCAGACGGAGGCUCGGCCGAGCAAAAACACACCUUUCACGGCGCUGGGAAUAUCCCAAUGGCAUAGUCUAGACAGUGUCUGCGUCGUAGCAUCCAUCAAGAAAGACAAGCACCACAUUACAAAACCUAGAAUCGACCUUCUGGAAUCCACGGCCAAACAGCAACAGGCCGUCUUUGCUCGAGAAAUAUCAACUGGUCCAAGUCAACUGUCCGCGAUAGCAACCUCGCCAAGGACCCCGUUAGAUAUUGAUCGUGACAGUGGACAUAGAGCUUCAGGGCCACAACAAGACUCCGAAGUCGAAGAUGCGGCCACAAUAUUGGAAUUCUUAGCAUGGGGUCGACGCAAGGACACGAGAUUCGAGGACAUCAUCACUGCACCGAGAGAAUUAUCUCGUCACUCUCUUCGCGACAUCGAUAUGGAAGAUGACACGACGCUUUUCGCUUCACAGGCUGCUGCUGGUACUCCUCGUGGGGCUCCAAAAUCUGCAUACCAAGAACUAGGAACUGCCUGUUCAUCGCACGGAAUAUCCAUAACCAUGCAUUGUGCAGAAGCUCCCAAAGAUCUAGAAAUUUACCGCAACACAUACGGAUAUAGUCCAAUGAAGUUUGUGGGAGAUACAGGCAUGUGCUCUCAAGUAGAAAGUUCCGUAACUCCUGGAAAGUUACACAGGCUCGUUGUCGCACACAUGGUUAACCUCGACUUGGCCAAAGGCAUUCCUCUGCUAUCUUCCACAAACAUAUCGGUGGCACACAACCCAUCAUCGAAUCUUAAGCUUGCUUCCGGCAUAGCUCCCGUACCACUCAUGGCAUCCUCCGACAAGCCAGACCAGUCCAUCAAUGUUUCCUUGGGAACUGACGGUGCGCCAUGCUCUAAUCAUUAUGACAUGUUUCAAGAAAUGCAACUAGUUUCUAUUCUCCACAAGGGUGCUACUCAUGACGCAUCCUUAAUCACAGCCGAAACAGCGCUAGAAAUGGCCGCGAUCAAUGGCGCACCAGCAUUGGGACUCGAGAACGAAAUUGGUAGUAUCGAAGUAGAACAAUCAUUUGCUACUGCCCCAAGUUACUUUGACCAAGCGUCAGUCGACUUCGUAAUCGAUUGCGAACUUGGUGCAUGCUGCUGUUUCUGGUCAAAAGACAAGCAUCCGCUCGUUCACUUCAAAGUAUUUCUAGCCUUCUCACCUGCUCACCUGCAAAACAAGGAUCAUUGUCAAGAAUUGGAGAUGUCUGACUUCAGCAAGUACGGCAUUCCCAGUGAAGAAUGGCUGCAACUGGCGUCCACACUUCCGCCGAUUCCAAACUUGAGCCCCGAAGAGUUAAAAAGAGCAACUAACCUGAGAAGAGAUGCCGGAGCAGAGAAAAUAAUGAAGCAAUUUGAACUCACCGAAAAAGUCUCGUCGCAAGAUCAUUCAAUUCCUGCGCGCGAUGGCUAUCAUUUGGAAGCGCGGACCUAUCGACCAAGGGGAGCAGCAGCCUCUGCAGAGAAACUUCCAGUCUACAUGAGCCUCCACGGAGGAGGGUUCUUGUAUGGUACUCUUAAUUCAGAAGACCCUCUUUGUUCAUUCGUGGCGCUCCGCCUCAACGUUCUCGUCCUCAAUCUCAACUAUCGCCACACACCGGAAUACCCCUAUCCCACAGCCUGGAAUGACGCAGAAGAUGCCAUGAUCUGGCUAUGUGAAAACGCGGCCAGCAUCAAUGCGGAUAUUGAGCGCGUCGUAGUCGGAGGAUCAUCCGCUGGCUCUGAGCUGAGUGCAUCAUUGACACGAGUAAUCUCGCAGUCAGAGCUGCGAUUGUCACCGCAACCAACGAUCCUCGGGCAAGUUCUGAUGCUUCCGACUGUAGUAUUUGCCGACUGCUAUGAACCUAUGAUGCGCCAAAUUAAGGACCACAGUGUAUCCUCUUAUCAUCAGUGUGCGGAAGCCAACUUCAUGGACUCGAAGACAAGGAAUAUGUUCAAUGAUCUUUUGAAAGUCGAGAAUCCAGACCCAGACGACAAGAGGCUGAAUCCAGGCUACUUGACGACUGAAGAGGCGGAAAAAAUGCCCCCAACGACGCUUCUAAUAGCUGGCUACGAUCCACUACGCGAUGAAGGGCUGCUAUACGGUAAACUCCUAGCCGACAAUGGGGUUCCCACCAAUGUCCAUGUUUUUAAGGGUUUACCUCACGGUUUCCGCAUGUUAGGAGACAAAGUAUCGGUCACUCCCCAAUGGGAUGAAGCUAUGCUUGAGGGGAUUAUGUGGGCACUAAGUAAACCUACUGCGUCAGAGGAGUUCUGUGUGCAGGAACACUGA